GGGCGGGCCAUAGUAUUGAAGUAAAAGCUAUUAAUGGCAUUGUUUUUCACUCUCACAUCUCACUGACUCACUGUCUCUCACCUUCACUAAACAAUGUCAUUCCUUCUAUAUGAUGUUUCCUUUUGCCGUUGGUAUCCGUUUAUUUCAUUCUUCAUUCAUUCCAACACCCAUGCAUUUUUCACACCCUCAACUACUCACUCACCCUUUCCACCACACACAUAAUCCUUUUCCUUUUAUAUUUUCUUCUCUUUUAAAUGUUUCACUAUUACUAUAACUUCAAGAGAACAAAACUAAACACCCAAAAGAUUAAAAAUAAAAAAAGCGUUCCAUUUGGGAGAAAAUGUAAUCUCUCACAGCGUUUAUAAAUAAAAUUUGGAAUUUUCCCUCAAAAAAAUCUUUGGAAUUGUAGACUCCAUUUUAGACCAUCUCUACCAUCCGCUCGCGCUCCCUUUGCUAUCUGAGCUUUAAUUCCCAGUGAUUGGAGAGUACCAAUUGUUGCAGCCAUUUGGUAGAGUUGAAUAUAUUUGAAAACUCAAUAAUGUUGAAGCAAUCACCUAGCAAAAAUCAUAGGUCAAAAGGGUUCAAGGUAAAACUACAUAUUCUUCAAGUAUGUUUGUUGCUUGCCAUUUGCUUCUGGUUGCUUUAUCAAGUAAAGCACUCACAUGAUAAGAACAAGGCAUAUGUAGAUAGCUCCUCAAUGAUAUCAGCUAAGAUGCAUAAUGGGGUUGAACUCAUAAAGCUUGGGAGGCGGGACCUCCAUCCCGAAGUUGACACUCAAAAUGAGGUUGAAAAGGAAGAGGAGAAUGAUUUGAAGGACAAUUUAGAAGAAAUUAAGCUCGAAGAAGAAAACGAUAAUGAAGAAGGUAGGAGUGAAGAUGAUGAAAUAGAUGGGCAUGAUCAAGAGAGAGUGGAAGAGGAAGAACCAGAGGAAGUGGAAGAUUUGAUUGAUGAAGAUGAUAGAGAGAGGGAGGAGGGAAUUGAUGAGCAAGAGAUCGAAGACAAGAGAAUUGAGUUUGAGGAUGCAAAAUUAUUGGAGGAUCAAACAGAAGAAGAAGGUAAAAGUAAUGGCCAGGAGGCAAGAGAUGAACAUUAUAAAGAUGAUGAUGCUUCUAGUGCUGUGAUGCAGAACAUACAAAGUACUAGCAGGAGCUUGAGUAAAGUCAAUGAAGAGAGGGUUGGGAGUGUGGAUAGGAAUGAAGUAGAAAGCAAAAUUGAAACAUACCAUACUCAAGAUUUCGUUGUUGGUGUUAAACAUUCAAGUAACAAAGUGCAUCCUAGUUUGACAGCUAAAGCUUUUGCUUUUAAGGAUGAUGGGGAAGGUAGUGAGAUAGAUUCAAGCCAUUCAGACAAUACUAUGCAUUCAACUUCGUUAUUAAAGGAAAAGUCAAAUAAGUAGGCUGUUAGUGAAGGUAGUUUGAAGUUAGUUAAUUCGGUUAUAAGUUAGUUAUUGAGCUGUGCGUUUAGGCAAAAGUUGCUACUCUUUAACUGAAUUCUGUUAUUGUACAUUGCUUGUUCUUCAUAUAUAUAAGAUCAUAGAGCUCGUGAUUUCAACACAGCUCAUUUCAUCAAA